AUGUCGACUCUCGGCGCCCAGGCCACCGCAGUGAUCUCCGGGUCCUUUCUCUCUGGAGCCAUGAUGUCGCUCUCGCUCAUGGCCGUGCCUGUUCUCCUCGACACCACCAACCAAGCGCCCCAGCUCUUCCACCAAUGGACCCGCAUGUACCAUUACGGGCACCAAGUGCUGCCCACCCUGGCGGUCGGGACCUUCCUCCUCUACGGCUACACAUCCAUCAAGAAACGCAGUACUAAACAAUCAUGGGCCACUUUCGCCCUGGCGGGCAUCACCACGCUAAGCAUGCUGCCCUUUACGUGGAUUUUCAUGGUGCCGACAAACAACGAGCUGUUUCGGUUGGAGGAGUUGAGCAAGGCGGAGCCGUUGGUGAAGGGGAUGGCUGAGGCGAAGGAGCUGGUGGUGAAGUGGAGCUGGUUGCAUCUUACCAGGUCGUUGUUCCCUUUGAUGGGGGCGGUGAUGGGAACGCUAGGAACAUUUGCGAAAUAG